CCCUAAACUCAACCAAAUUAAAGAGAGAGCUUCCCAUAAGAAAAAAAAAAAGAGACGAUGGCUCAAACAAGUAAUGGCUCCAAUGCUUUGGGUUACAGAGACGCAUAUAGAGCAGCCAUUAAGGGGGAUUUGGCGACUCUCAUGGAGUUUUGCUCGAAACAUUCCAAUAUGGCAGUACCAAUCAAUGCUUCAGGAGACACAGUCUACCACGUACUUGGUCGAAAUUUCCAUGCGAAGGUCGUCAGUGAGCUUCUUCUUAAGUUUCCUUACCAUGACCUUAUGACGAUGAGAAACAGUGAAGAAGAGACAGCACUCCAUGAAGCUGCUAGGGUUGGUUGCAUAGAGAUUGCUGAUCUCAUAUUCCAGAAACAGGACGACCUCAUCACAGUUCGUAAUAAGCUCGGCGCGACUCCCAUCUUCGAAGCUGCGGCUUUUGGACAGGAGAAAAUGUUACGCUUUUUCUUUAAUAAAAGGUCAUAUUCUGGAAAUUAUGAUGACCUUAGAAGGAAUAGUGACGGCUCUACCAUUCUCCAUGCUGCUGUGCUGGGUGAAUUUUAUGGUCUGGCUUUAUUGAUAAUGGAGACAUAUCCAGAUCUUUGUUUGGCUCCAAAUGAGACGGGAAUUACAGCUCUUCAUCUAUUGGCGCAAUCGCCGUCAUCGUUCAGGAGUGGGACAAUUUACUCGUGGCUUAAUUUGGGCUCCUCAACCUUCAUUUCUCUCGAAAUUUUGGCGGUCACCAUAUACUCAUGUGUUCCAAUUGAUGUUUCGGAGUGUAUCAAAGAGGAUCCAGAGGAUCCACACCAGGGUUUGUAUGGGAGGAUGAAACAAUUAUUCAAAUCAUUAUUUAGAUCCCUUCCCUGGCUUAAACAAGUCAUAGAUGCAAAACAAAAGCAUAAAAAUGCAUUGGAGGUGGUAAAGAGGUUGGUGGCAACCAAGUCCAAACUAGACCCCACACUGAAGUACUACGAAAAUCAUGGUGAUGAAGAUGAAGGUGAAGAUCCACUUUUACAAGCCACAAAAUUUGGUAUAAUCGAAAUUGUCCAAGUAAUCCUCGAAGAGUUUCCAGAUGCCAUUGAAGUGCGGGACAAGAUUUCUGGCAAGAACAUGCUCCAUCUAGUUGCAGAGUUCCGUCAAGACAAAAUUUUUGAGUUCUUGCAAUCUCAGAAAUUACCCACAAUAACAACAAAAAUGCUACUACAAGUUGACAAGAAGGAGAAUACACCUUUGCAUCUAGCGGCCAAGUAUGGAUUUCAUCAAAGAAGGCAUGUGAUUCCAAUCUUAAACCUAAUGCCAUCGGAGAUGUUCUGGUUUAAGCAUAUAAGACAAAUCUCUCCAAGACAGAUAUAUCAUCUUCAAAAUGCCAAAAGCCAAACCCCCCAAGAGCUAUUCGAUAAAACUCACUAUGAUCUCUUACAAAAGAGUGAGAAGUGGGUGAAGGAAAACGCAGGAGUCUAUAUGGUUAUCUCUACUCUUAUAGCAUCUUUGAUGUUCACAGCAGCCUUCACUGUCCCUGGGGGUUUCAAUUCUGAUACAGGCCUUCCUGUUCUUAUUCAUAACAAAUACUUGUUACCAUACUUCCGUUUAGUGUCACUGUCCUUAUUCUUCUCACUUGCUACAUUGGCUACUUCUCUAUAUACUCAUUGUAUACACUUUCAACAAGAGGAUUUUUACUUCUCCUUACCCUUGAAAAUUUUUCUAAGUAGUUCCAAUCUCUUCUGCUGUGUGAUCUCUACAGUUCUAGCAUUACUUCACUAUUUUUUUGAAGCAAUUCGCUUUUUUGCACUCUUACUAGCUCUCCUUGUCUGUGUGGAUGUAAUGCUUCCUGUGUGUCGCUUCUUGAAAAAAUUGCUUUUCCAUUCUCUAUCUUCUCAUAAUUAAGAAUCAUUCAUCGUUCAAUUCCUCAAGCAAGUCAGUUCAUUUAGUUUCUCCACUUGAUCUUCAAAGGCAUUGUUAGAAGUGUGUUUAUAUUUUGAAUUAUGGGAGAACCUUGUAAGGAACACAGUAAUAGGAUGGUGUCUUUAAUAAUUUUUAUUUGAAUUGUGUCUUCUUAUCCUUA